AUGAUUGAGUUCUUGUCCCUAUUUCAAGAUGUAUUUGCAUGGUCUUAUGACGAUAUGACUGGCAUUUCGACCGAUGUAGUGGUGCACAGAUUGCCUACAGACCCAAAAUUUUCACCCGUGAAGCAAAAGCCCCGUAAAUUCAAACCAGACAUGAGCCUCAAGAUAAAGGAACAAAUUGAAAAGCAGCUUAAGACCAAUAUCAUCAUUGUAUCUCAUUACCCUGUUUGGCUCUCGAAUCCAGUCCCUGUUCCAAAGAAGAGUGGAGAAGUGCGAGUUUGUGUUGAUUAUAGAGACCUUAAUAAAGGCAGUCCUAAGGAUGACUUUCCUUUACCAAACAUCCACAUCAUUUUAGACAACACUGCCGGGCAUGAAAUUGAAUCUUUUUGUGAUUGUUUUGCUGGAUACCAUCAGAUCUUAAUGCCCGAAGAGGAUAGAGAAAAAACUGCUUUUAUCACCCCUUGGGGCACAUUCUGCUAUCGAGUAAUGCCGUUUGGUUUAAAGAAUGCUGGAGCUACUUAUCAAAGGACUAUGACUACUUUGUUUCACGAUAUGAUCCACAAGGAGAUGGAGGUUUAUGUGGAUGACAUUAUAAUCAAGUCGAAGAAAGCAGAAAACCAUUUGAUUGAUCUAAGAAAGUUGUUUGAAAGGUUGCGAAAGUACAAUUUGAAACUAAAUCCUGCAAAAUGCGCCUUCGGAGCACCAACUGGUAAAUUGUUAGGAUUCAUUGUCAGCAAAAAGGGCAUAGAGAUAGACCCGGCAAAGAUCAAGGCAAUUCGAGACAUGCCGGUGCCAAAAACGCAGAAAGAUGUGAAAAGUUUUUUGGGGAAGAUUAAUUUCAUUGGAAGAUUCAUUGCCCAAUUAACAGCUACGUGUGAGCCACUAUUCAAGUUGUUAAAAAAGAAUGUGUCGUUGCAUUGGAAUGAAGAGUGCCAACAAGCUUUUGACAAAAUUAAGGAUUAUUUACUGCAUCCUCCAGUCCUAGUGCCACCCAAAUCAGGCCGACCUUUGAUCAUGUACUUAUCCAUGCUCGACGGAGCAAUAGGUUGUGUUCUAGGACAACACGAUGAUUCCGGAAGGAAAGAGCAAGCCAUCUACUAUCUUAGCAAGAAAUUCACUCAGUAUGAGGCUCAUUAUUCAUUUAUUGAGAAAAGCUGCUGUACAUUGGCUUGGGUAACUCAAAAGUUGAGACACUACCUGUUAAGUCACACCACUUAUCUCAUAUCCCGCUUUGAUUCUUUAAAAUACCUCUUGGAGAAGCCGAUGCUAACUGGGCGUCUGGCCAAAUGGCAGAUGAUUCUUUCGGAGUUUGAUAUUGUUUUUACUUCGCAAAAGGCCGUCAAGGGACAAGCUAUAGCUGAUCAUAUGGCGGAAAAUCCAAACGAUGAUGACUAUCAACCGCUCCAUACUUAUUUUCCCGAUGAGGAGGUUUUACUUGUUGGUACCGCAGAAGAUAUGAGUGAAUCGUGCCCUGAAUGGAGGUUGUUUUUCGAUGGUGCCGCUAAUUCUUUCGGAGCUGGAAUCGGAGCAGUUCUUGUAUCUCCAGAGGGGAAGCAUUACCCUGGGGCUGCUAAAUUGCAAUUUACCUGCACAAACAAUAUGGCUGACUAUGAAGCCUGUAUAUUUGGUCUUAAAAUGGCUUUGGAAAUGGAAGUUAAAGAGUUGAUAGCCUUCAGUGAUUCAGAUUUACUGGUGCACCAAACGUUGAAACAAUGGAUAACCAAAGAUUCUAAGAUCUUGCCCUACCAUUGUAGUUUGCUCACUCUUGCUAGACAAUUUCAAAGUUUGGAAUUCAGAAAUCUCCCACGAGCCCGAAAUAUAUUUGCUGAUGCUUUGGCCACCUUAUCUUCUAUGAUACAAUAUCCAGACGAACUAGGAAUCGAGUCUAUCCGGAUCCAACUCCAAGCCAAGCCUGCUCAUUGUUGGGUUGUAGUCAAAACAUCUGGCAAUAGUCCUUGGUACAAUGAUAUUAAGGAGUUCAUCAAAAUCGGAUCUUACCCUCCAGAAGCUAGUACAAAUGACAAAGGUUUCCUGCGCAGAAUGGCCUCGAAGUUUUUCUUAAAUGGAGAGGUGUUGUACAAAAGGAUCUCAGAUUUGAACCUUUUAAGGUGCAUUGAUGAAGAUGAAGCUCAAUACAUGAUGAAAGAGCAUGAUUGCCCCAUGGCCCUGCUCAAUGUGGGUAUGGACGUGAUUGGCACAAUUGACCCUCCGGCUUCAAAUGGACAUCGAUUUAUAUUGGUGGCAAUUGAGUAUUUUACCAAGUGGGUCGAAGCGGAAUCAUUUAAGCAUGUGACAAAGAAGGUGGUGGCAAAUUUCUUAAGAGAUCAUAUUAUAUGCCGAUUUGGGGUGCCAGAAACAUUGAUUACAGACAAUGCCAAGAAUCUCAACAAUGAUGUGGUGGAUUGGCUAUGCGAACAGUUCAAAAUCAGACAUCGCAACUCUGCCAUCUAUAGACCGCAGAUGAAUGGAGCUGUGGAGGCUGCAAACAAGAAGUUGAAGAAGAUCAUUCGCAAAAUGACUGAAAAGCAUCGUGACUGGCAUGAAAAGCUCCCUUAUGCACUGAUGGCGUAUCGGACUUCUAUCCGAACAUCAACUGGGGCAACACCCUACUCGCUUAUGUAUGGAAUGGAAGCUGUGCUACCUGCCGAGGUUGAAAUUCCUUCAUUACGGGUUCUAAUGGAGACCAAGUUGGAAGAGAUUGAUUGGAUAAAACAGCGUCAUGAACAACUAUCUCUGAUUGAUGAAAAACGGUUUAAUACUAUUUGUCAUGGCCAAUGUUACCAAAAAUGUAUGGCCAGGGCCUACAACAAGAAGGUCCAUUUGCGUACAUUUGAGGAAGGCGACAAAGUGCUGAAGCGGAUUUUGCCAGUGCAAGAUGAGGCCAAAGGCAAAUUUGCUCCAAAUUGGCAAGGGCCAUUCAUUGUUCAAAAGAAGUCACGCAAGUGA